AGUGUAGCCCCAGCAGUGUCACCUGUCAGUGUCCAUCAGUGCCUUGUGUCAGUGCUCAUCAGUGCCACCCAUCAGUGCCAGUCAGUGCCACCUAUCAAUGCCAAUAAGUGCCACCUAUUAGUGCUGCCAAUCAGUGCCACCUAUCAGUGCCAGUCAGUGCCACCUAUCAGUGCCGUGUCAUCAGUGCCACCUAUCAGUGCCAUGUAUCAGUGUCAUGUAUCUGUGCUGCCUUUCAGUGCCCAUCAGUGAUGCCUGUCAAUGCCCAUCAGUGCCACCUACCAGUGCCUCCUCAUCAGUGCCCAUCAGUGCCACCUAUCAGUGUCCAUCAGUGCAACCUAUCAGUGCCCACCACUACAGCCUCAUU